AUGUUGAAGAUGUUCCACAAGCAUGGAAGUUAGCAGUCAACAGCAUGGGAGGAUCUUACUGUGUGCGUUCGAUGAGUAAAAAGCUCAUUGUGGUUGAACUAUACCAAUCAAAUGCAAACGACAUAGGCAAAACAGAUCUAGUGGAACACAGGAUUGUAUUAGAAGAUGAUCGACCCUUUAAGCAACCAUACCGCAAGAUUCCACCUGGUAUGUAUGAUGAAAUACGCCAACACAUCAAGGAUAUGCUGGAAGCAGGGGGAUCCAAAUUCUUUUCCAAACUUGACUUGCGGUCUGGAUACUGGCAAGUGGCCGUAGCUGAAGAAGACAAGCCGAAGACCGCAUUCUCCGUUGGAAAUUUAGGGUUUUACGAAUGUAACCGUAUGAGUUUUAGUCUUACCAACGCACCUGCCACAUUCCAGCGACUGAUGGAGAAGUGCCAUGUUGUGGGAGAAAACGGAAUUUCCGCUGACCCAGAGAAAUUAUCUGCAGUUAAAGAAUGGAGAACGCCACAAAACAUCAAAGAGCUGAGACAGUUUUUAGGUUUCUCAGGGUAUUACCGUAGGUUCAUCAAAAAUUAUUCCCAAAUUGUCCAACCUUUAAAUUCUUUAUUACAGGGACACAGCACGACGAGAAAAGUAAAGAAGAAACAUGAAGUACCAGCAUGGAAAUGGCAAACUAUACAUCAGACAGCGUUCGAGACAAUUAAAGAAUUACUGACCCAGCCACCAGUUUUAGCUUAUGCAGAUUACUCCAAGCCAUUUAUUAUCCAUACAGAUUCCAGCAGUCAUGGACUUGGUGCAGUAUUAUACCAGAGACAAGAUGGGGUAGAUAAGAAUUUUCCAUCAGAUGAGAUUACAGCAACAGAUAUGUCAGACAUUGACUGGAAGAAAGAACAAAGAGAAGAUAAAACGAUAGCCAGAGUCAUAGAAAUUUUCAACCAGGGAGAGAAGGGUAGGAAAGAAACAACAACGGUUCAGAAAUAUUUAAGAGAGAGAACGAAACUUCAGAUUAUUGAUGAUACUUUAUACAGAAAUUCCUUUUUAGAUGGAGAGAAAAUUAUUCAACUUUGUUUGCCAGACCAUUUUAAAGAUGUAGUUUUCAUAGGAAUCCACAAAGAAGUAGGACACCCAGGAAUAGAGAAGACGAUUUGGCUAGCAAAGCAGAGAUUUUAUUAUCCAGGGUUAGAACAAGAUAUUAAAGCCAGGGUAGAGAACUGUGAGAGAUGUAUCAGAAGCAAAACACCUGUCAGACCAAGAGCGAAUCUUCAUCCCAUUACUUCAACAAAACCACUAGAAAUUCUUUGUAUUGAUUUUUUGUCCUUAGAGAAAUGUAAAGGGGGGUUUGAAAAUAUUCUUGUUAUUACAGAUCAUUUCACCAGAUACGCCUGCGCAGUUCCAUUGAAAAACCAGUUAGCGACAACAACAGCCAAAGCUUUGUAUGAAAAUUUUAUAGUUCAUUACAGUUUUCCAGAUCAACUCCAUAGCGACUAA